UCCUCCCGGCGAUGCGCUGUGCGUUAUGACGCCAGGCCGUUUGACGAGCGCAUUACGUGGGGCUGUCAGAGCAGCACAGCAGCCGCGUUAUGUAAUGCAUCGGGUGUUGCUGCACGGAUCUCAAGAUCUGGAGGAAAACUGACGGAUGGCUGAUUUGGUAACAAAUAACCGCGUGCCGGCGUUUGACUGAGCUUACAACUACAAUGCUAACUGUAAACUGUAGGAGUGCAGUGUGAUAGAGCCUGAUUGGGACAUCGGUGCCCAUCCCUGAGGUGCACAGACGUCUGGAGCCUGCGGAAGCUGCACAUCUUUUUUUUUUUUUUUUAGCCGGCCGCUGGCGCGUCUGUGUUCAACGUGUUCUCUUAUCUCAGUGGAAAUAAACUAAUGCGGGUUUGGCUGAGGGAAGAAACAACAUCGUCUUUUGUUCUUUAUUGCGUUGGUUUGAGCCAACAGCCGCUGAGCUGUGGUAUAAACAAUGGCGGGUCCCGAGCAGUCCCAGCAGCAGCAGCAGCAGCAGGUAGAGGAGAAGGCAGAGCACAUAGAUGAUGCUGAGAUGGCUCUGCAAGGCAUUAACAUGCUGCUCAACAACGGCUUCAAGGAAAGCGACGAGCUGUUCAGGAGAUACAGGGGCCAGAGCCCAUUGAUGAGCUUUGGGGCCAGUUUUGUCAGCUUUCUGAAUGCCAUGAUGACAUUUGAGGAGGAGAAGAUGCAGACUGCCUGUGAUGAUCUGAGGACCACUGAGAAACUGUGUGAGAGCGACAGCGCUGGAGUCAUAGAGACAAUCAGGAACAAGAUUAAAAAGAGUAUGGACUCUCAACGGUCCGGCGUUGUUGUCGUGGACCGCCUGCAGAGACAGAUAAUCGUCGCCGACUGCCAAGUAUACCUUGCUGUGCUCUCUUUUGUCAAACAGGAACUCUCAGCGUAUAUCAAAGGAGGCUGGAUUCUCCGUAAGGCUUGGAAAAUGUACAAUAAGUGCCACAGCGACAUCAGCCAGCUGCAGGACGCCUAUCAGCGGAGGUCCUCUGGGAACCAGGACUCCCUCUCAGCAGACAACGCCAACCACAAUACACCCGUGGAGAAUGGUGUCACAGCCGAAGCCCUGGACCGCCUCAAGGGCUCAGUCAGCUUCGGUUACGGCCUCUUCCACCUGUGCAUCUCCAUGGUGCCGCCACACCUGCUCAAGAUUAUCAACCUGCUGGGUUUCCCUGGGGACCGACUCCAGGGCCUCUCCUCCCUUAUGUAUGCAAGCGAGAGCAAGGACAUGAAGGCCCCUCUAGCUACGUUGGCCCUCUUGUGGUACCACACCGUAGUGCUGCCUUUCUUUGCUCUGGAGGGCUCGGAUACGCAUGCAGGGCUGCUGGAAGCAAAAGCUAUUCUGCAGAGAAAGUCGGUGGUUUACCCCAACUCCUCUCUUUUCAUGUUCUUUAAAGGACGAGUCCAAAGGCUAGAGUGCCAUAUCAACAGUGCUUUGGCCUGUUUCCAUGAUGCAUUAGAACUUGCAUCAGACCAAAGAGAGAUCCAGCAUGUGUGUCUCUAUGAGAUUGGCUGGUGUAGCAUGAUAGAGCUGAACUUUGAGGAUGCAUACAGGGCAUUCGAAAGACUGAAGAAUGAGUCUCGCUGGUCACAGUGCUACUAUGCGUAUUUGACCGGAGUGUGUCAGGGUGCUUCAGGAGACCUGGAUGGAGCAAGUGGAGUUUUCAAAGACGUGCAGAAGCUCUUCAAGAGAAAAAACAACCAGAUUGAGCAGUUUGCUGUGAAAAGGGCUGAGAGACUGAGAAAGAUGUCGCCCUCCAGAGAGCUAUGCAUUCUUGGCGUAAUCGAAGUUGUUUAUCUGUGGAAAGCACUGCAGAACUGCUCCUCAUCUAAACUGCAGAUAAUGAAUCAGGUAUUGCAGACUAUAGAUGACACUUCGUGCAGAGGCCUGAAACACCUCCUUCUCGGUGCCAUUCAUAAAUGUCAUGGAAAUAUGAGAGACGCUGUUCAGUCAUUCCAGCUGGCUGCUAGAGAUGAGUACGGACGACAGAUCAACUCAUACGUUCAGCCGUAUGCCGUCUAUGAGCUGGGAUGUGUACUCCUUGCAAAGCCAGAGACGGUGGGAAAAGGUAGAUCACUGCUACUUCAAGCAAAGGAGGAUUUUACAGGCUACGACUUUGAGAACCGGCUUCAUGUUCGCAUCCAUUCAGCCCUGGCCUCUUUGAAGGAAGUAGUGCCUGUGUGACUCCAGACAACUAUGAGCAUCAAUGGCUGAAUUUUUAAGCCGUUCAGAGUAACUGUUUGAUGUAUUAGUGAAGGAUUUGGGGAAAUACAUGUUUGUUACCCCACCCAGUCAGACUGACAACCAAGUGUCAUCAUAAAAAUAGCUAGUGUGGCUAUUACUAGCAGGCUUAAAACUAUGCCUAAAGUUUUCAAAGUUAUACUUUUAUAGAUGUAUAUUGUUAGCCAGCAAGUUAGCCACCAAAACCUAUGUUGUUGCUGCAUGGUGCAAGAAAUAUUAAAAACUUUAGGGCAGAUUAUUUUCAUUGUAUGAUGAGGUGAAUCAUAUACAUCAAGCUAAAAUCUAAAUAAGAAAUUCUGGGAGCUUUACGAAUGUGUUUCUUUUAGUUUACAUCCAGCUACGAUAGCUGUUUUCACCUCCAAGGCAUCCAUGUCCUGUUUCUGGAUAUGAUCCACGUAGAUGAAACUAAAUGAGUCCUUAUCCCUGGGGAAAAAUAACAAACAAACUCAUUUCCUCCAAUCUUUAACUGUUCCUUUAAGUGUUUUUCUCAUGCAUAUGUGUAAGCUAGCUUGUAACAGUGUACCUCAUUAACUUGUGUAUUUGGAUGACUUUAAUGAAGCCUCUCCCUUCAGUGAGCAGUUUACUCAGCACACAACCUCUUAAUGAGAGUGGAAUUCCUUCAAUAAUAGUUUUAAAAUGGAUAAGAUACAGUUAAUAUUGCUUUUACAUUUGUGCCAUCUCACUCCAACUAUAAAAAAGAAAAUGCUAAAUUAAAUUCAGUUGUUUUGUUUUUUUUACCACAUAACAUAUUGUGAACAGGAGUGAGUAAAAUGUAAUAUUUGAUAUAUUUAAUACAUUCUUAUACAGACAGAUGACAAAUUAAUGGAAAGAGAGCAGUGGUGUUUCUAUCGUGUCACCUUUCGGAAUUUUUUUUUAAAAAAUCAGCAGUUUUGAAUAAAAAAGCAACAAAGCUGAAUUUUAGUAACUGACGGUUCAGCACUAUGACAUCAGCAACGGCCCCUCUGUGGUUAUGUUCUUCGCAAGUGGGCCCUGAGGGGAUCCAAGAGAGGUACUUGCGCUCUUAUUAACCUUACGCGACAUUGUAAACACAAAAAGCAAAAACAGUCUUGUCUCGGAGCUAUACAAAAAGAAAAAACCCGUCAAAAUGUGCCUGGAAAUGAUAGAUAAUAACUAGACUCUGCAGGAGCUACGCUCGGUGCGACCUACGCCAUAGUCACAUAAACCGGAAGUCAGAGGGGGGGGGAUCCAAGAGAUCUGUUAUGCUGUGGAAGCUUAUUUUGAUGUCUUGGUUUUGAUUCACUUGUCCUCUUAGAGAUAUGAAUCACUGCAACUACUUCAAAAAACUGCUCAAAUAAACCCUAGAUUUUUGCAUUUCAGUACGGCUUUAUCCUAUAAUGAAACAGUUUAAUCCUUAAAGGCGAUUCCAGGGUGACAGUGCCUCCAUCUAUAAGACAUGAGGGUCACAGAGUUGAUCGAUAAGUACAAAUAUCAUGCGAAUCCCAUCGUAUGGCCUCAUUAAUUACUAAUAUUGGCUUUUCCUUUAAUUUGUCACCUGUCUGUAAAUUAUUAAAUAGCUUGCUAAUGUUUCAACUGUCACUUCAGUGUUAAAAUCGUGCUUUUGGUGACUAAAUUUUAGUAAUCUGCCUGUGGACUUUGAACAAAAUGGACAUUGAAACGAGUCAUACCUUAUCACACAGUUUCAUUACUAUUCACAGUGGAAAUAAACUAGCAAACUAACAUGGGAAUAGUUAAAUAACGUCACCGGUCACCUAAUCUUACAGCGGCUCAAGUAGCUGGAACUUUAACAAAUGAGACGACCACACUUCACAAUGCCCUCAUGGUGUUGCUAUGUGAAGACACUGGGCGUGGCUCCUGUGCACUAUGCAUGGCAUGGCAGGGUAACAGUGGCUUUAAGACUGUACUGAAGUCAAAUGUACCUGUGUGUCCAGUCCUGCAUAUAUAUAUAUGACGGUAUUAUAAUACAGUACCUUCAGUGCUGUCAUGUUACCUCUUGAAAGGUGCUGCUAAAUGUCAGCGUAAUAAACAUAUAUUACUAGUGACUUCUUUUGUUAGUGUUUUAGUGAUUGAAGCUUUUGAAUUAGUUCUUAAUAGUGGCAAGUUUAUAUAUUACAUAAGAGGAGGUGCACUUUUUACAAGCAGUAUUUAUGCUGUUUUUAGUUUGACUGCUGUGAUGGCUGGCGUUAGCAGCUGAAUUGACUCAGUAUGAUCUUGUAUUGGACAAAGAACAUUGGUGAGAGUGGUUUUGACAACCUUUUUAACCAGUUUAACACUGUACAUAUGAAAACUUCUGUGCAGAGAACUGCCUUUUAUGAACAAGCACUCCGAGGCUUUUGUUAUCCGAGCAAUACAAGCAAAUGAAGGGUAUCAUAUAGUCAUUUAAAAAGGCUUUCCACACCGACUCUGUGUUUUUCAUCACAUCACAUUGUAAAAUUAAAGGUUUAUUUUGCUGACAUACCUGGUAAGACAGUGCUAGUCAUCCCUUGUGGCUGUGAUGGAUAUAACAUGUGGUAAAUGUUGAGCAGUUGAAUGCAUCCAGUACUUCUGUCACCGAAAGAUUUUCUUUUGUCACGAGAUUAUGUUGGAAUUAAAGUUACAAGUCUGGAUGAUGGUGUUCAAAUGUGUCACUGAACAAUAAACUGUUCUCCAUUAAUCCAGGUAAA